AUGCAGUUAGCUUGUAUAUGCGACAACGGCGGUACCCUGGAUAUAGCGACUGCUAUGCAGCAGCAGCCUUACGCCGUGCGUGGAUUGUUAGCUGAUGCGUUCUUCCAGUGUCAACAGUACAUCCCUGAUACUUUGGACUUCUUACAAGCCGAGCGCGCUGUCCGGGAUGCGCUCCUGGCUUUCCAGGGGAACCAGGAGAACUAUUCCAGGGCAUAUGUCCUAAAACGAACACUUGAUGCGCGCACCCUGGAAACCCCGAGAGCUGACCUCAUUCACUCGUCGUUCAGCCGUGGCGGGCCUGUUGCUCUGGCUGGCAUCUUCUACGCUACCUUCGAUGCGCAUCGUAAUCUUCGUAGCCGUGAGGUGUUAGAUUUCCUCCUCAACCGUGCUUCCGACGAAUCCCGACUCCAGCUCAUCAUGCGGGCAAGCACGUUCCCGUGCAACCGAUCAAUGAGUGGCUGGCUGACGCGGAUCCUGGACAGACUCGAACCCAAGUGUCAGAAUCUAGCAAGCAUCAUACGAUGCCUAGGGCCGACCAUGUCGACAAGCAUCAUCCGUCGUGCACGAGAGCCGUCACUGACAUGGGGUACAAACGGUGAGCCUGUCGGCGUCGAGCCCAGGCUACACUCUUCGAUCGCCAACAUCGAGCAGUUCAAUGAGGCCCUGGCCCGCCUGGAGUAUGUUGGCUUUGUACGCAGGUUAGAGGGCAGAAUCACCAUGGAUCCUUGCACAGCAGACCUCCUACGGGAACGAUUUGAACAGAAGGGUUGGAUUGUCGAAGCUUGCAGGAUUGUCGCUCACGCUUUCCCCAAGUACUAUGGUCUUGAACCUGCGAGCUACAUGGAUCAGUGCGAGUCGCUGCAACCACAGGUCGAGAACCUGUUUUCCUACCUGGGUGACUUGCAGAUCGCCACGCUGGUCGACCAAACAUGCCUCGUGCAGCUAAUCGAGACAUGCUUGUCAACUUCGUACUUCCGCGAUAAGCCGUGGAAAUCCAAAGCCAUCUCGAUCGCAUCGGACGCAGUCUCUGUAGUGAACCACGCCGUCGAGCGGGGUUUCCUGGUCGCAAUGCUUGACGUGAGGAGGUCCGAACUGGCCCAUCUGUACCAAGAGCCAAGCCGGCAGAAUGCCCCUUUCCCCGUAGUUGACCACCGAUCUCAUGCAUUUUCCGUCGAAAAUUCCCUCCUUCAAGCCCGGGAAUGCAUCUGUCUUAAUGCCCUGGCGUCCGCUUGGGAGCACCUGGCAAGUUUCGAUCCCUCCUGGCACGGCCGUGUGUCGUCGCUGGGAGGUGUCCAAAGCGGGCGCGUAAGUCUUAUGCAGGCCAGGAUCCUCCGGUGUGAAGGUCGGUUCCAAGAAGCUCAUGGGAUCCUCACAUCUCUACCGCAUGACAACAGCAAGAACACGUCACUUCUCGGCUCUGUGCUUUGUGAGCUUGGCCAAUAUGAUGAAGCGAUACAGCGGCUUGAUCUGCACCUUGCCACCAGAGCAACGAAAAGAGGUGUCGCACUGGUCGAGCUCGCAUUGGCACAUGCGCACCUGUUCAGGUGCAUGCAUACUCUCAUGAAGGGGGAUUCCUUGGACCGGAGCUCGCUACAGGUCUCUCGCAGCAUCUUCCAGCGGCUGGCCGACACUACUUUCCCUGCCACAUUUUACGGCAGGAUACACCAUCUCUCUACCCGCCUCGGGCUGGCCAUGGUGACUCACCUGGAAGGGCAGGUGGAACCUGCUUUGGAUGCAUGGCAGGCCGCGCUUGCAGUGUCCAAACAGUGUCUUCCCACUGGGUACACAGACAUGAUUAUCUCCUACUCGACCAGUGAGCUUGAAGCCCGGCGCGGGGCUACAACACAGUCGGAUGUCUUCUGUAGUUAUGCAAGAACCCUGCUCGCUAGAACAGGCCGGCAGUACCAUUUUGUUGGCCUAGGGACACUGUGGCCGGAUAUCAUUGGCAGGUGGUUGACGACCCUGGGCCGACACCCUGUCGUUCUAAGCCAUGCUCUUCACGUUUUCGUGCCAGACGCGUUCCUCGCCGUACGCUCGUACACCUAUAAACCACAAUGGAGUUAA